GUAGCAUUGUACCGGCGAUUAAUCGAUUACGAGUCGGAGCAGGAUUUCCAUUUGAUGACAAGUCCAGGGAGAUAGUAUCGUGGGGGACUCGAAAUCCUUUUGUUCGGCUUGGAAAUAGUCUAUGGAGUAUCAUAGAUGUUUAUGUCCCCGCUGUGCUGCGAUCGACAUCAGGAUCUGGUUAUGAAUUCGCCGGCACAACACCCUUCCUUGUACGUCGUCCCAAUCGAGCAAAAAAUAAUUACAUACGUCCUCCCACAACCACAAAUCCCAGCAGAAGGACCUGUGGGCUUCUCCUGCGAUUACUUUUCAAAGCGCGUGAACCCCAGAGCUCCCCUUCAUCGUCUGGGAAUCGAUCGGAUGAUCGGACAUUCGACACAUCUCAGCAAAUGUCUCACAUAGCAGUAUAAGGAGUCCUCAGAAAUUCAUCCACCCUUUCAUCGAUCCCCUUUCUCUCUCCGUCAUGUCUUCGCCUAUAUCUUCAAGCGCCAGCACACCUUCACCAAUACAUUUUUCAUCACUGGAUAAUAAGGCAAUAUUUAUCGACCGCCGAGACGCUCAUCACGAUUUGUGGGCCUCUGAGAAAAUUCAGGCGGAGUAUCGAGAUUGGCCCCACGAUUCCGAGUCGAAGGAUCAACGCUUCGAAGGCCUGACGGAACGCAUUCAAUCGCAAUGCAAUUAUCUGGCUUCGGUAUUUAGUUCGGAACGUCGAGUGUACGGUAUCAAAGCUGCAUACUAUUGCGGUCGUCCUAUUGCGUUGAUUGUCAUCGAGGACAGCGACAAGCCGCUGCCUGUAGUGAGUGAAGAACAGAUGUUCUUCCCAGUUCAUGUCUUCCAUGGUGAUUUCCGGUGGACCUGCGAUACGAGUUCCAGUAAACCACCCAUCCCACCCAACAAUCAUACUCAUGCCGGAACACUUAUUACCUUAAUCCCUUCAACGAUCGCCCCUGAGUCCAUUCCUCCAACGACUUUUCCUGAAUCUACUAUACUUUCCUCGACUUCUCCCAGACCAUCAUCUACGUUUACCGCCGGUGCAUUUCUACGAGACAAACAUAACCCUUCGCAAUGCUUUAUCCUUUCCGUUGGCCACCCGAUGUCGUCCGGUCGUUCCUCUCUAUCCAUCACAGAAGAACACCCUACGCUAAAAAUUGGAUGGCCAGCAAUCUCACCCCGAGUAGAAAGAAUGCAAAGUCAUUUGAGACGUUUGGGAACUUACACGUAUUCCAAGAAAAUUGAAGCUGCUUUCUGCUAUGCGCAGAUUACCGCAUUGGAAGGAUCCCAAGAUCAAGUGCUUGAUGAAAUAGAGGAGAGAAAGCUGGAUCGGAUUAAGAAACGAUACAAAUCAUUGCAAGAAUCGUUAUUAGUCGCAGAUAUGCAGCACAAGCGUGUUUCGGACCAAAUAGCAAAAUACCAAGGUCUUGCGUUGGGUGAUACGGCCAUUGGGCACAUUCGUGCAGCGUUCCAUGGUUACGCGGACCGCGACCUUCCUACAACUCCCAACGUAAACCCCCUCGACAAUAAACGCAGCAUCCAUUCGUCCGAUACACCAUCACCUUCCUCCAUCACAGACGCAAAUCUCGUCGACGUCUCACUCAUCAAAAUCACAGACCCCUCGUUCAUACCAAAAAACACGUGUAUCCAACUGUUCGAGUCGAUCCAGGAACUUCGUCCAGGCCAAGAAGUGUCUUUGGAUUGCAACGCUGUGUCAAAAGAGCAGUCUGGUGAAGUCGGUUUGUUGAAAGGAUAUUUUGGGCUUCCGGAUUUUAACCCUAAUCCUAAUCCUAAUCCUAAUCCUAAUCCUAACCCCGUCGUAUUGGGUGCCCUUGAUGAGAACGAAAAACAAAAACCUCGGGAAGCGCAGUAUUUCGUUGAGGAAUACGCUGUUUCCGAGUCGGGAUUCACUGCUGCAGGGUCCUCGGGUGCGAUUGUUUAUACGGAUGGGUUCGCUGCAGUGGGUAUGGCUGUCGGUCAUUUUGUUUCCCUCAUUCCGAUGUGUGUCGUUCUCCCUCUUGACCGGCUGGUUAAAUCUGUGGAAAGAGCGGCUGGGGUUGAGUUGGAGUUUGUUCCUCCUAUUUUUGAAGAAGAAUUGUGAUUAUUGAAGUUGGCGCCCGUUCUGCCGUUUGUCGGAUGAUUCUCGGAAUAUAGAUUUUUCGUUGUUUAUACAUAAUUGUGUGUUUUGUGAUUCGUGUUUAGGUGUUCGGUUGUAUUGGAUUGUUUUUGCAUUGGCUUGUACUUCAUUUUAUAUUUCUAUUCCUACUUUCACUAAUAGGCUUUAUUUUAAUAUUUAUACAUAGGAGCAUUAUACAUAAAGAGCAUCUAGAUCAUCGAUUCAUCCAUGCUUGUCCUUGUGGUUGCUUGCCCACAAAUUAGUAAAAUUUUGAAACCCUGGAUGGAAAGAACUCGACACGAUUAUGUACUAGGUUCAGAUAGAG